UUGUGACAGUAGUAAAGGGGGGAAAUCCGUGCAAUCUUAAAUAUUUACAUUUAAAUUUCGGAAAAUUGAAUUUUGACCGCACAAUGUGAUAUCAACUAUUUGAAAUACAUAGUGCAAUCUUGCCAGACAUCUAAAAACUCGAAAAAAUCAUUAUUCCAGACAACUAUAAUUAUAUAUCGUGAAUCUGCGUUAUUGCAAAAAUAAUAAUAAUGGCAUCUAAAUCAGGCAAAUCAAUAACAACUUCGGUACCAUCUAUAUCUAUCAAGUUUCAUGCGAAUGCUGAACAACUUGAAGAACUUUAUGGGAGCGAUGACGAGUUUAAAAGUGAGAUUAAUGUGAAAAAAUUAACGGCAGCUAAUAGAGAAAAAGGCAGCAAUUCAACAGGAAAUAUCCAGGACACUGCUGAAGGCAGUCCUUUAAAAUACCUUCGUUCAAGUAAACGAUCGAAUAGUACAGAGGUAUCGACAAUUUCUGAUUCUUCACCUCCCUCUGAUCCAUGGAAAUUUUUUUCAGAAAUUAAGGAUAAGAUUGCUAAGAGCGUAGAGGAGAAAAUAACUGAAAUUAAAGCGAAAAAUCAAGAGGAAGGCUCCCCAUCUAAACCAAAAUGCGAUAAGGCGAGUCGAGAGAAUUCUAAUCUUUCAGAUUCAGAAGAAUUAUCAGAGAGCAGCUUAUCAAAAACUUGCGGUAUUGUUUCAACAACUGAAGGCGCAGAGAUGGCCAGCGACGAAGAGUCCCUCUCUCUGAAGAACGACACGCCCACCAACCUGAGCUCCUUUCCGACCACGCCCACCGUCCGGCAGAGGUUCAGGCUGCUAAAGACCUCGAAGAACGGCGUUGCCACAACAAAAGAAGGCACUGUCUCCUUGUCGAGCCUCACCAAGAUGCACAACGUCAACGUAGAUGACGUGAAACAGAUGUUGCCCGACCAUUCUGAAGAGCUAGAAAGCGGUGUCGACGCCUUGGCGGACGUGGAGUUCAACGGGGGGCCCAAGGAGACCCCCAAGAUGGUCCACAGCCGGUCCUUGGUGCUCAAUGCCCUGGAGAAGAGCAUCGAUAACAUAGAGAUAGAUGAAGAUGGAACAGUGAAUAUAAGGGAAGUGGCAGGGGUGCAAUGGAGGGGAGAGGAGGUAGGGGAGGAAAGCGAGGUUAGGACUGUUUUUGCGCCGACGGGCUUCGUUGAUUUUAGAUACAGGAUUCGCAAGGAGAAUAGCAAUUUUUUGUUAUUCCUACUGGUGUUGACAAUCUCAAUUUUGUAUCUUUUGAUACAAAGAUAUUCAGUGUACACAGCCGGCAUGGUAGCUGGCAUAGCCAUAACCUGUUUGUCCUAUUAUAUCAUGAACAAAAUUUCCCCCGUUAAUGAUAAAAGGGCCAAAGAGCUGGCUCCUAAGAAUUUUUGGGAAGUACCAGCCAUUAGAGAGUACCAACCUAUGUUGAAAUAUGAGGGUUGGUUGAACGAAUAUCCAGAUCAUUAUGAUUCAGCUACAUACCACAUAAGUUUAACUCAGCCUGUUUAUCUAAAACUAGAAGGUAAUUGGUUGAGAAUAAGUAAUACCACUUCCAAAGUACCCAAACGAGCAAUGUGGGACGAAAAGCAAAUAAAGAAAAACUUCAAACAACGCAGAAUUUAUAAUUUGACGGGGGCCAAAGUGUCUCUUUUGCCUGUAGGCUUAGCCAAAAUCAGGCAUUGGAGCAAAAAGUACCCCAUUUGCAUCACAAUUCCCAGGGAUCAAUUCGAAUAUGAGGACAAUCUUGCAUCGAAAGAUACAGAUGACGAAAAAGAUAGCCCACCUCUUCCAAAAAAAGGGUCUGCAUUCAGCUUUAAGAAAAAGACGUCAUCCAUUUCUUCUCCUCAAAGGUUCAGCAAACUCUUUGCCGAGCAAGACAAUUUCUACACAGAUCUUGAUUCUAGAUCAGAUACUUCUUCACCCAUACAUGAAGAAGAAAAAGUAGUGGGAGAAAUAGAGAAGAACUUGGAAGAAGACAACGAUAACCAUAGCAAUCUGGAUGACAGCUGGUCAAACUGCACCUUUGAUGAGAGUCCCACUGAAACGAAAAUUUAUUUAUUUGGAAGAACUGAUAGAGAGAAAGAAGACUGGUUUAGGAGAUUAUGUAUGGCUAGUCAUCCCCAAACAAUUACGAACAUUCCUACAGAAAAUGGGGUUGAUUCAGCUAAGGCAGCUUCAGUAGAGCCUAUACUGAAAGAGAGCGAGUACACAUUAUUCAUGGCCUCCAUUUUAAAGGCUUUCAAAAAGCGGGAGGAACAGGGAUCGAUGUAUUCCAACAGCAUGAUGGAAAUGGAGAAUGUCACGUGGGUGAACGCUUUUGUGGGGAGGAUUCUUUUCGAUUGCAUGCGUGAUGAAAUUUUCACUUCUAAAAUCAAGGAUAGGAUUCAGAGAAAACUGGCAGCGAUAAGACUACCCUACUUCAUCGAAGAACUAUCGAUUACUGAACUCAAUCUUGGAAGAACUGUUCCACUAUUCAGAAAAAUCGGUAAACCUACUUUAGACGACAGAGGAUUGUGGGUAGACAUGGAUAUGAUCUAUGACGGUUUAGCAGUGUUGACCUUGACAACGAAACUGAAUCUUAUGAGGUUGAAGCAGCCUCCAUCAGAAGCUGAAAGGGAAUCGAAUAAUAAAUCCGCCAUUUUCAACUCAGACGUUGACGAUUCCGCAGAAAGUAGUUCAGACGAUGAUAGUGUCAUAUUUCCUAGUGUUGCGGAUUCUUCUGGAACAUCAUCUGGGCCACUUCCUCCGGUGAAUAAGAGCAAGAAGUUUUUGAAAAUGGUAGAUAUGAUCACCGAGUCUAAGUUCUUCCAAGCAGCUACCGAUAACAAAUAUAUAAAAAGGGCAAUGGAAGGCGUCUCGAAGACAGAAUUGAGACUUAAAGUUGAGAUAAGGGCAUUGGAAGGCACGUUGGUUUUGAACAUUCCACCUUCACCAUCGGAUAGAAUCUGGAUAGGCUUCCGACCUUUGCCCACACUGUCUUUAUCGGCUCAUCCGAUAGUUGGAGAGACGAACAUUUCGUUGAUGCAUGUCACCGGUUUGAUAGAAAAGAAACUUGUACAGGAAUUUCAAAAACUCCUAGUGAUACCCAACAUGGAGGACCUGAUAAUUCCUGUGAUGACAUCGAAACUACCCAACUGAAAGAUAUCGAUAUUGUUCAUGUUUUUGUGUGAUAAUUUCAGGGUAAUAAUAAGUACUCUGAUGAGUGUUUUCUGUCGUAAGAUCCAGUGAAUUAUUGGUAGUACAAGACACACUCUAACAUAAAUAUUCUGGUCGUUACCAAAGUUUCAAAAUGGUUAUUUUAAUUUUAUAUCAUUCAAUACCAAAAAUUAGGAUGUUUGUUAUUGGCGUUGUUUAGUGUAACUUGAACCAAGUGUAUUCAAUGUAAGUUUGUGUCAGCAUAUUUCAAUAUAGUGUUAAGUUACCUUGACCUUGAAAAUGUUGGCGCUAUAUUGAAAUAAUUAUCAAGGUAACUUUGUACAAUUGUUGUCUAGAUUUAAACUGCUGGAAGACUAAUUUUCCUACAUGUAAUUGCCAAGCGCAAGUGCAGGUACUUACAAAUUCCUUCGAAAUUGUGUGAUAAAUACUGUCUCUAUCUAUAAGGUGUAUUUUCUUACCAAUCUAGUUGAUUCAUUGUUGAAGUUUGAAAUAAAGGAACCAUUUGAAGUCCCUUAAUGAAAUGAAAAACUUGCCAGAUUUCUAUUAGCAUUUAUUUCGUUAUUAAAGCUGUUUUUUCGAUUCCUCAAAUAUCCAUAAGUGUCAUUUUUCUUUUGAAUAUUCGAAUUUUUCCGAUAUUUGAUACAGAAUGAGUUUUUAAUUUUGUUGCACUGGGCUUUUAGCACAGUUGUUUGUAUGUCACAAUCAAUUUAUGUGUGCACUAAUUUUCACUCUUUUUAUAGAAUACUUAUGUUUACACCCAAGUAUGAAAUGUUGUUACUUUAUUUUUGAAGAAUUUAUUGAAUAUAUAUUUGUCUUUUUGAGUA